AUGUCGCCGCUGGGACAUACGCCACCGCUCCUGACGCCGCCGGCCCAGUCGACGACGCCGGCGCACAUGCCGUUGUCUCCGUUGCCGUUGUCGCAGCUGGCUCACGGCCCGCUCUCUCUGUCGCUGCUAUCUCCAUCGCGGUCGCUAGGGCAGGCAUCCCCGUCUCCGCCGCUGCCGCUGUCUCCAUUGCGGCCGCUGGGGCAGGCGUCCCUGUCCCUGUCGCCGCCGCCGUCUCUAUCGCGGCCGCUAGGGCAAGCGCCCCCAUCUCCGCCGCCGCCAUCUCCACUAUUGCCAUCGGAGCAGGCACCCCCAUCUUUGUCACUGCCCCGUCCGUGGCUCCUCCUCCACCUCGUUGUCGAGGUUUAUCACCUCGCCGGGUGGAGGAACCCCAGGGGUGGCAUCUCAUCCCGUGGGGUUGGCUGGGAGGCAGAAGGCGGAACACGGGUCAGCUCCUGCCCCGUGCCCAUCCACGGCACCCCUCCUCCAGUCACCGCCACAAAGGCCAUCUCUGCGGGAGGCCCCGCGACCUCUCCAACAACACCGCCACUUGCCGCCGAUGGGGUCACGAUCCGCCCCGCGGAGGCGGUCGACACCCGGAGCGCCUUCUUCGGCGCCAGCGGCAGGACGAAAUCCCGAGGAGCGGCGCUGUGA